AUGAUCGAGAGAGACAUCCUCGACCGCAAGCUCAACACAAAGUGGGAGGAUGUAGCAAAGCUGGACGACGCCAAGAGGAUUCUGCAGGAAGCUGUCGUCCUCCCUCUCCUUAUGCCGGAUGUCUACACUGGGAUCCGUGAACCGUGGAAGGGAGUUCUGCUCUUCGGUCCUCCAGGAACUGGCAAGACUUUGUUGGCGAAGGCAGUUGCUUCCCAGGCUCAGACGACUUUCUUCAACGUCGGGCCCUCGACCAUCAUCUCCAAGUACCACGGGGAGAGCGAGAAACUGGUCCGCGUGCUCUUCAACAUGGCGCGGCACUACGCACCCAGCACCAUCUUCCUGGACGAGAUUGACUCUAUCAUGUCAGCACGAGGGACCCAGUCAGAGCACGAGGCCUCGCGCAGAGUCAAGGGGGAGGUCCUGUCUCAGAUGGAUGGUAUCAGCAGGGAUCUAGCUGGGCCCGGCAAGCUCGUUAUGGUUCUCUCCACCACCAACAAGCCCUGGGACCUCGACGACGCUCUGCUUCGGCGCCUUGAGAAGCGGAUCUAUGUGGCUCUGCCGGACCAGGAGGCUCGUAGGGAUCUGUUCGCCAUCAACCUUAAGUCCGUCAUCGUCGACGCUGACGUCAACCUGCCCCAGCUCGCGUCAGACUCCGAGGGCUACAGCGGGUCCGACAUCUUCACAGUCUGCCGGGAGGCGUGCAUGGCGCCGAUGCGGCGGCUGACGUGUCGCUUCUCACCGCAGGAGAUCAUGCAGAUGAAGAGCAGGGGAGAGCUUGACCUUCGGGUCAGCAUGGACGACUUGACUGCCGCCCUCAAGUCAACGUCACCGUCGGUGCCUCGCAGUUGCCUCGGGGAUUACGAGAAGUGGAACCGAGAGUUUGCGUCGUCGUGA